AUGCAUCCUGGCAGUAACAAGUUAUAUCAAGAUCUUCGUGAGUUGUACUGGUGGCCAGGGUUGAAACGCGAAGUUACUGAGUAUGUGAGUAAGUGCCUGACAUGCCAGCAAGUUAAGGCUAAGCAUCAAUUACCUUUAGGGUUACUACAACCAGUUAAAAUUCAACUCUGGAAGUGGGAGAGGAGGUUUCGUACUCCUACCUGUUGGACUGAGCUGGGUAAGCGGCAAGUUCUGGGGCCAAAAUUAAUUUCUGAUAUAGAAGAUAAGGUGAAACUGAUUCGAGACCGGUUAAAGGAAGCAUCUGAUAGGCAGAAGUCUUAUGCAGACUUGAAGUGUAAAAAGAUCGAGUACUCUGUGGGGGAUUAUGUAUUUCUCAAGGUCUCUUAUCAACUUGAGUGGCCUCCAAAGUUGGAUAGGAUUCAUGACGUGUUUCAUGUUUCAAUACUGAGGCAGUACCGUUCUGAUGCCUUGCACAUUGUUUCAGUUGAGGAAAUCGAGGUUGGACCUGAUUUGACUAUCAAGGAGGAACUGAUGCAGAUAUUGGAUCGUGAUGUUAAAGUAUUAAGAAAGAAAUCUGGUCCACUGGUUAAAGUGCUUCGGCGUAAUCACGAUUUAGAGGAAGCCGCGUGGGAGCUUGAAGAGGCGAUGCAGCAACAAUACCCUUACUUAUUCUGA